UUCUACUUUAUAGUGCCUCUGCCUUUUUGUUUGCCCACGGUUACUGCGUUUUAGCUCAGUCUCAGAACUCCGCGAGGAAACCAGGUUACACUGCCGUAGGGUUGCCAAGUCAGGAUAGGGCUUCUGAAGGAGAAUGUUUGAGGCAGUUGGAAUUGGUUAGGGAAUGGAGAUAAACCUAAAGAAUGAGUAGGAUUUAAUUGGUAAGAAGGAAUAGAGAGGAUAUAAAUGUUAUGGCACGGAUAUGGAACCAAGAAGGCAGAGGAUCUCUACUGAGAGGAGGAGCAACUCUUGUCUGCCUGACAGAGUUCAUUUAAAAAACAACGGGCAAAACUGGAAAAGUCGGUUGGAGACUGACUUGGCAUAAUUUUGAAUGAAGGCAAAACUAUUUGGAUAUUUCCUGUGGGUUGUCUUCUGGCCUCAAAGUAUUCCUUAUCAGAGCCUAGGGCCUCUGGGCGUCUUCACUCAGUACUUGGUGGACCACCAUCACACCCUCCUACACAAUGGGUAUUGGCUUGCCUGGCUGAUCCAUGUGGGAGAGUCCUUGUAUGCGAUGGUAUUGUGCAAGUCAAAAGGCAUAACGAAUGCUCGGGCUCAACUACUCUGGUUCCUACAGACUUUCCUCUUUGGGAUAGCCUCCCUCUCCAUCUUGAUUGCUUACAAACCAAAGCACCCCAAAAAAACUUAAAGAACAUAUUCAGAAGCUUUCUCUACACUUUGACAUCCAACCUCACCUUUUUUGGGGAGUGCUUUGUUUAUUCCAUCUUUCUAUUUUCUAGAAAGUUAAGACUCUCUAGUUAUUCAUUAUUUUGUAUGCUCUGGUUGAACUUGAGUAGAUCAUAGGAAAAGAUUUUAGCUCUCCUAUUCUGUAGACUAAGCUAUUUGUCAGAGGGCUUCCAGCUACCUUCUUGAAGUCCUUGGCUGUGUUGGUGCUCUCUCCCUAUCAUCUGGUUUAAGCCAUGUACUAAAUAUGUUUGUUGGUGUACCUUUGCUCCCAUCUUCUGACUAAAACGCCUUACAACCAUCUUAGCUCUCUUUUCCCAAAAUUUUUCCACCUUUCUGGACCAUGAGGGAGUAAACACAUCCAUAAUAUAUCAAUUCCACAUGCAUUUGUUAGCACCAGUGAGGCAAAAUCUUAUCCUUUCAAAUUUUCAUUUCUCGUACUACCAAAAAAGAUAAGGAAGAUAAGCCAGUGCCUGGAACCAGGCAGACUGAGCAGAUACAUAAAGGCAAAAGGACAUGCUGACACCCAAGAAGAGAGAAUUGGAGAAUGCCUUCCUUGAUUCUGCCAACCAGAGUGAUUCUUCCCUCCAUAUGGCCCCUUGGACACAGUGCAAGGUCUGAUGGCUAAUGCUGGAUUACUCCUUCAAGUCAGGACUACAUCUUAGACAGCUUUAUUUUACCUUUAGCACCUGCCCCAUUGCCUUGCUCACAGGUUUUCUAUCAGUGUUCAUGGAACAAAGAAGGGAACUUUGAUUUUACUGUCCAGUAUCAAUCCAAUUUUUAUGUGAAAACUGCAGAACCCAUUUAGUGUAACCUAGUCUCAAGGAAAAGCACAGGACUAUCUUUGACUAGUAUUACCACCUUUCUGUUGGUCCCCUGAUGGGACACCUAUAUCUUUUUCACACUUUCCUAUUCUUGGUCCUUUUCUCCAAAUGCUAUAGGUGUCUCCCUUCAGCUCUGGCUUACUCCAACACAAACAUUCCUGUUCUAGAGAUUCUAGUCCAUGGGUCAUCCAGCUGGUUACCACCUCUUCCACCAAUUGACCUCAUUAUACCUCAUUAAUACUGACUGGUUACAGUAGGGCAGUGAUUUUCAACUUUUUUCAUCUCAUGGCACACCAAAAAAUAUAUUUUUUGCUGAUAUACAAAAAAAAACGGUAUAAUUUUGAAUCAUUCAUACCACACAACUAUUGUUGUAUUGGCUUUUUCUUUUUAAGAUUUUAUUUAUUUAUUUAUUUUUUAGAGAUAGAGGGGAAGGGAAGGGAAGGAGAAAGUAAGACAGAGAAACAUCAGUGUGUGGUUGCCUCUUGUGUGCCCUGACUGGGAAUUGAACCAGCAACCCUUUGGUUUGCAGGCCUCUGCUCAAUCCACUGAGCUAUACCAGCCAGGCUGUUGUCAUUUCUUAUUUGACAAUGUAAAGGAAAAGAGGUCAGUACCCCUGAUAAAUAAUCAGGUAUUGUGUGUUUUAAAAACUCUUGCUGCAGUCCUGGCCGGGUGGCUCAGUUGUUUGGAUCAUUGUUCACCAAAGGGUUGUGAGUUCAGUCCCCAGUCAGGGUACCUACAGGAGGCAACUGAUCAAUGUUUCUCUCACAUUGAUGUUUCUUCCUCUCUCCCACUUAAACUCUGUCUCUAAAAAUCGAUGAACCUAUCCUUGGGUGAGGAUUAAACUUUUUAAAAAAUUCUUGCACACCAGUGUGCUACAGCACCCCUGUUGAAAAUCGCUGAAGUAGGGUAUACUAUGUGUUUUCAGCAAACAUUUAUGAGAAACAGCCCUCUUCCCCCCUCUCCCAAAAAAGUCCCCAUGUAAAAGCACAACCCUGAAAGAUUAUGGACAAUGAAUUGUUUCUAGUGGAGAUCAAUUUCUACAAAUCUGUCUUUCCCUUUGUUUCUCUUCUGAUUAGGUGUUGCUUUUUGGUAUGGUAGAAUAUUUUAAAUGUAAGAAUCCAACUCAGAUUUUUUUGAAAGCAUGAUCCUCUCCAAGGGAAAUAUUGACAAUAGUAUUAAUUUUGCCAGAAACAAUAUGGCAGAUUAUUGAAUGAAAUGAAUUUAUUUGAUGAAAUGCUAUGAAUUGUCUCCAAUAAAAUACUGUUUUUGUGUCAGUUUU